AUGGCUUUGAAGGGCGGAAUUCCCGAAACCCAGUUUAGUGCCGUCUAUCCGUACUUCUUCAACUGGGGAAAGAAUCUUGUCGAGGAUACGACGGAUGGGGCCAAGACGCACCCAUACUUCGAUGAGUACUGGCAAAGCAAGAUUCCAGCUCUCUCUCAGAUUACAGCCCCGGCAUACAUCAUUUGCGGAUGGGGCGAUCAUGCUAUUCACACACGUGGGACACUCAACGCUUGGGAGAAGAUUGCUUCUGAGGACAAGUAUCUCGAGAUCCAUCAGUACCAAAAAUGGGAGUGGUCGGUUACUGAGGAGUCGUUGGCCCGUCAGAAGGCUUUCCUCGAUCAUUAUCUGCUCGGGCUAUCGACAGAAAUUCAGUACUGGCCCAAAGUUCGUUACACCAUGAGGGAACGCUACUACACUGGAGAAUGGCGAUACAGCGACGCAUUCCCAAUUCCAGAAACACAGUAUACGCAGUACUUCCCAACACCAAGCCUUGGCUUGAGCAAGGUUGCUCAGCGCGCAGAGAGCCAUACAUCAUACGAUGCCAUCGAGGGUGAGGUUGCCUUUGAGCUUCCUCUUCGAAACUCCCUUGAGUUUGCAGGCCAUUCCAAGCUCAAACUCUGGGUUGAAGUGACUGAUGGUGGCGAGAACCUGGAUCUUUUCAUAACUCUGCGAAAGAAGGAUAAAGAUGGAAAGGAUGUCUACUUCCCAUGGAUCACAGUCGUCGAUACCGGCCCCAUUGGUUUCGGUUGGCUUCGAGCCUCCCGGCGCGAAUUGGAUGAGACAGCCUCGACCCCAUGGAAGCCAGUUCAUCUCCAUCGAAGAGAUCUGGAGCCUCUCAAAGCAGGAGAUGUAGUGCCUGUGGAGAUCGAGAUCCAGCCGACAAGUUGUCGAUUCCGGGCGGGAGAGCGACUUAGCCUCGUAGUCUCUGGACACGACUACGGCAAAUACCCGCCAGGUGCUCCUAUUCCCAGGCAUAAUUCUACAAUCAACAAAGGACGCCAUGUCAUCCAUUUCGGCGGAAAAUACGACUCACAUCUGUUGUUGCCCGUUAUCCCACCGGUUAAAGAAGCGUAUAGCCAAAAGAGGCCUCUUGUCAAGAUGACAAUUGCCUGCAGACGGAUCCCUGGUUGGGCGGAAGACAAGUUUCUUGAGGAAUACACAAGCGUCCAUGCUGCAAUGACGAAGCAUAUCUCCGACGUGGUUCCCAUCCUCCGGAACUAUACUCAGGCUGUCGCACUCCCUCAUCUCAGUGUCCCAAGCGUACCCAAUGGAGGUCUGGAGCCGUGGGAUGCUGUGACGACCCUCGGGUGGACGUCACUGAAAGGUCUCUGGGGCUCAUUCCAAGCUCCCGAGUACAAAGCUUCUGCUGGUAAACACGAAUUCGCAGACACUUCAGCACAGACUGGCAUUCUCAGUCAAGGUUUCGCGGAGAGUGUGUUUGACCCCAUCCUCUUUGAGCAGCGUGGAACCAAAGCAGCAUUACUACUGGUCUUCCUAGCAAAGUCCCAAGACGCAACCUACACCGAAAACGACCUUACUAGUCGAGCAGCGUCCAUCACAGAACUCGGAGCUGGUACAACUUUGAUGAGAUAUGUCCUCAACCGAGAAGUCACCCCCGAGGAUACUGCCAGUUUCUUCGCCGGAACGCCUUUUGCCACUUCCGACUGGCACACGAUGGCUGCUUUCGAGCAGUACUGGUUCCCGGACCGAGCCUCCGCGGCAAAAUUCCUAGGCGAGAAGAGCAAGCUAGAAAGCCUUUUCAAGAAGUUGCCAAAGUCUUUUGACGCAGAGAAGUCUUUUGCGGUGAUCGGAGAUGAGAAUAUUGUGGUGAAGAAGGAUUUGGAGUUCUAG